UCAACUCUUGCUUCAGUCAGCUCCAUUGAGGCUUAGAAUACUAAAGCACUCCAAUGUAGCAAGCUUCAAGCUUAAAAGCCAAGUUCUCAUUCCUUUACUUUGAAACCUCUAGUUUUGUAUCACCAUGACAUUCAAAUCCACGGACAAGAGCUUCAAGAAGAAUGCAAAGCAGCUCACAUGGGUUUUCCUCCUAAAAGCUCAGUAUGCCAUGAAGUGUAUCGGUUUGAUAGCAAAAGCUCUUUGUUCAGUGAUCAAUGCAAUCGAGAACCAAUUCAAGGAAAAUUUUCUGUUUAAAUUCAUCAGAGGAUUCUUAGUGCUAUGUUUUGUGCUUCUUUCUUUCGACAUGGUUGCUUAUUGGAAUGGCUGGCAAUUUUUAGAAACUACAGAAACUCAAGGAUGGAUGCAUUCUGCAUAUCUUUAUUGGAUCUUUUUCAGAGCUAAUUACAUUGCUUAUCCGGUUCAAUGUAUUUCGAAUUUUUGUAUCAUUCUAUUCAUUAUACAGUCGGUUGAUAAGUUGGCUUUGUGCAUUGGGUGGUUUUGGAUCAAAUUCAGAGAUAUCAAACCGAGACUACAAGAUUUUUCAUUAAGUGAGGAGUACCCAAUGGUUCUAGUUCAGAUUCCAAUGUGCAAUGAAAAAGAGGUGUAUAAGCAAUCAAUUUCAGCUGUCUGUCAACUUGAUUGGCCUAAAGAUCGUUUGUUGAUUCAAGUGCUCGAUGACUCUGAUGAUGACAUGUUAAUGCUUUUACUCAAAGAGGAGGUCUCAAAAUGGAGAAAAUUUGGCACCAAAAUUAUAUAUCAUAAUCGGUUAGUGAGAACAGGCUAUAAAGCUGGCAACCUUCAAUCUGCUAUGAGAUACGACUAUGUUAAGAACUAUGAGUUUGUCGCCAUUCUUUAUGCUGACUUCCAACCUAGCCCUGAUUUCCUUAAGCAAACAAUUCCACAUUUUAAGGGAAAUCCAGAGCUCGGGUUAGUUCAGGCACGGUGGAAGUUUGUGAACAAAGAUGAGAAUCUUAUGACACAACUUCAAAACAUCAAUAUGUGCUUUCACUUUGAAAUGGAGCAGCAGGUUAAUGGGGUUUUCCUCAAUUUCUUUGGGUUCAAUGGGACUGCCGGUGUUUGGAGAAUCAAAGCGUUGGAGGAUUCUGGAGGCUGGCUCGAUAGAACAACCGUAGAGGACAUGGAUAUCGCAGUUCGUGCACAUCUAAAUGGUUGGAAAUUUAUGUUCCUUAAUGAUGUUAAGGUUCUGUGUGAAGCUCCAGCGUCUUAUGAGGCUUACCGAAAGCAGCAAUACCACUGGCAUUCUGGCCCAAUGAAUUUAUUUCGCUUGUGUCUUGCAGAUGUUACAACCUCAAAGAUACCAAUAUGGAAGAAAGCAAACCUGAUCCUGCUCUUUUUCCUUCUUCGAAAGCUAAUUCUUCCAUUCUAUUCCUUCACAUUACUUUGCAUUAUCCUACCUUUAACUAUGUUUAUACCAGAAGCUCAACUUCCUGUAUGGAUCAUUUUCUACGCACCAAUAUGCAUGUCCUUUCUUAGUAUCCUCUCUUCACCUCGAUCGUUUCCUUUCGUCAUCCCAUAUCUCCUCUUUGAGAACACAAUGUCGGUAACCAGAUUCAAUGCCAUAUUCAGCGGUUUACUUCAAAUGGGGAGUUCUUAUGAAUGGAUUGUUACUAAGAAAGCUGGUCGGUCGUCAGAAGCAACAAAGUUGAAGGAUUUAAACCAUACAAGACUACAGAGAAGAGCUUCAGAGAGUAUAGUGUUGGAACUGAUGAAACUGAAGAAGAUCGAUGAGGAAGAGAAACCCGUUACUCGAGUUAAAAAGAGCAGAAGAGUGUGUAAGCAAGAGUUGGCUUUUGCUCUGUUAUUUCUUGUCGCAGCAGGAAGAAGUCUUUUGUCAGGAUUGGGGGUUCAUUUCUGUGUUCUUCUGUUCCAAGGAGUGUCCUUCCUUCUUGUGGGUUUCGGUUUAAUUGGGGAAUAUAUAUAGAU